AUGCCGCUCCAGCCUGCCAGCAAAGACACAGCAGAGAUGGAAGCCGAGGGGGACUCCGCUGCUGAGAUGAACGGAGAGGAAGAGGAGAGUGAGGAGGAACGAAGUGGCAGCCAGACGGAGUCCGAGGAGGAGAGCUCAGAGAUGGACGACGAGGACUACGAGCGACGCCGCAGCGAGUGCGUCAGUGAGAUGCUGGACCUGGAGAAGCAGUUCUCGGAGCUGAAGGAGAAGUUGUUCAGGGAACGCCUGAGCCAGCUGCAGGUGCGGCUGGAGGAAGUGGGGGCUGAGAGAGCGCCCGAGUACACGGAGCCCCUGGGGGGGCUGCAGCGGAGCCUCAAGAUCCGCAUUCAAGUGGCAGGGAUCUACAAGGGCUUCUGCCUGGACGUGAUCAGGAAUAAGUAUGAGUGUGAGCUGCAGGGAGCCAAGCAGCACCUGGAGAGCGAGAAGCUGCUGCUCUACGACACCCUGCAGGGGGAGCUGCAGGAGCGGAUCCAGAGGCUGGAGGAGGACCGCCAGAGCCUGGACAUCAGCUCGGAGUGGUGGGAUGACAAGCUGCACACCAGAGGCAGCUCCAGGUCCUGGGACUCCCUGCCGCCCAGCAAGAGGAAGAAGGCGCCCCUCGUUUCCGGCCCUUACAUCGUGUACAUGCUGCAGGAGAUCGACAUCCUGGAGGACUGGACGGCUAUCAAGAAGGCCAGGGCCGCCGUGUCCCCGCAGAAGAGAAAAUCCGAUGGACCAUGA